AAUAUGGACGUGUAUUGGCUGACUUGAUAGAAGAUGAGGUUCUGCCUUACUGUGAUCAUGGUAACUAUUCGGAACAAGAUCAUUCGGCCGCCCUCUUUGGUUUCCAACUCGACUUUCCUAAAUGUAUCGCACCUGGCAUCCUGACCUCUGCCUGAUUCCCUUCUCUCCUCGACGGCCCUAACCCCCUCCCCAUCAUCCUGCAUUUCAAAGCCGUUCUCUGUUGCUGUACGGUUCUUCGUGGGACGCUCCUUUUACACCACGUCCUUCGCCUUGGCAGCGGCGGAGGGGUUGACUGACACCGUUGCUCGGACUGGGGUCGGCCGCGUCGUUCGUUUCCCAGGCCUCUUGGUGAACCGGCCGGCACAAAGUUCCAAAGUUCUCUGGAUCCGUGUUGCCGUGUACCCGUGAGCCGUUGAGACAGGCAUCGGCCACCCGGGUCUCGAAGAAGUUGAUGGAGGGGGAGAUGCUCGCCCAAGUUGUCUACCAACUUCCGUAUCCAUUCCAACCCCGAGGACGAUGUACGCGAAACAACGCGAAGAUACUCCCUUGGAAUAUUCGACGCCAGUCUUUCCCCCCCGGUUCCUCGACAAUCCUUGACAAAGUUAGACAUCAAGCAGCGGUCAACACUCAAGAGCUGGUAUGUGUACUCAUCCACAGAGCUUUGUGUGUGAGUCCCACGCCCCCUAAACCGUUGGUCCGGGAAGAACCUUGACGAGUCUGGGUCUCGCUUAUUUCUUUCUUUUUUUUCUUGUUUUUCACUUCCUGACAUGAGCUUUGGCUUUUUCGCUCGGGGACUUAUCUCCCCUCCCCAUGUCGCCUUACCCCCUUUGUGGCGUCCACCAGCUUAAGGCUGCCGUCGUGCCUGCUGCAUCUUUUCUUCAGCUUCUUAUUCAUAUUUUAAUUCUUUUUCAUGGUUCCCUGUCUUCGCCCUACCUGCGACCACUCCCCUCCCGACACUCUGGUUUGGCUUCUUCGUCUUUUUCAUCUUCUCAUUCCUCCUCCUCUUCUCAUUCCUUCUCAUCCUUCUUUCCCUUUGGUACUACGGAUACUUCUCCUAGAGACCCAGCAGCAGCAUCAUAACGACGACGAAACUGCCAGUUGCGCAAAGAGAAAUCUGGACAGAGGCGCAACUCACGACUUAGACUGCGCGCAUUUCAACCGCCACCGGCGUCCCGGAUCAAUUUACCUAUUGCAAUAUAAAUAUAAAUUGCAAUCGCAAUUUCCCGCCAUCUGGGGAAACACUGCAGGAAUCCCACAGCCCACAGCCCACAGCACCCAGCCCACACAGCCCACGCGCAGUGCAGAUCAAGCCUUGCCUCUUCGGGUUGCGACAACGACGGCGACGACAACGACGACGACUUUCACACGUCAAAGUCAAUUAAUACCAUCACCGGCGAUCCAAUUUCGGAUUCUUGCGACUGAAUAAUCAGCAGCACCCACGAGGCCGGCCAGUUCAGCGAAUGUCCACUGCCUCCAUCGAUCGACCAGCGCUUGCGGGAGCUUAAGCACGAAGACCUACGCAGAACCACAGACACGCCCAUUGUCAGUGUCAUUCUCGCAGCGCAGCGCACCUGCCGCCAACCUUGAACCAACCACCCCCCAAAACCCGCCCAAACCCACACUCCCAACCAGCCACUCACACCCGGUCACUCACACAUACACCCCCCGUCAAUCCUGUCAACCCUGGCGGCACCUUCAGUCCGGGGCAACUUGGCAGCCUGUGCACCUCCUUCCCUCCAGCAGCAGCAGCAACCACGAUCGCGGCACGCCCGGCGCCAUCCUUCUUCUUCUUCUUCCAUCACCAGUACAUCUAUUUCCUAAUUGAUUUGAUUUCUCUCUUCCCCUUUCCGUCUGACACCAAAACCGACCGGCUGGCCAAAUCAAUCAAACACCGGAUAUCGCGACAGUAAUCGAUCCCAACUCGAGAAGCUGCCCAUCGCUAACUGCACCGCCACCCUUCGCCCAUCCAUUCCCGUUCAACUCGGCCGUCCUUUGCGAUCCCCAUAUACACAUCAGAUACGGAGACGGAUACAGACACAGACACACAUACAGACACAUAUACAGACACAGACAGAUACCCGUAGCUUCCCCUACCACAUCUUCGCCAUGUUCGGCACGCCGCAUUACCCCGACGUUACCAGGAAGAGGGGACGCGACGACGACGAGGACCUGCACAACGGCACCUUGAGCUUCGGUGAACACAGAAAUAAACGCCUCCAAUGUCUCCCUCUCCGGACCUCGCCCACCUCCUCGAAGCUCUGGUCUACGCCCAUUGUUCCCCUAAGCUCCGUUCCCUGCACCCUGACACCGGGCGACUCCGAUUCGGAAGAGCUGCCGGCCUCGCGCUUUUCGCCCUGGUCCUCGUCCCCGGCGCCCAUGUCUUGCCAGCCCUCACCAUAUGGUCUGACCGAAUCCGACCGUGACAUGGACAUGAUGGAUACAAUGUCGCCGCCGCCUGUGCCGCUGCCGCAGCAGCAGCAGUACCAUCACAACCAGCACACCCACGCCGACCACCACGCCUCGGGCACUGGCCGCAUGCCGACACCCAUCCAGCCAAACUUUGCCGCCCAGGUCCGGGGUGGCGCCUGGGGUGGCCCGGGUCCCGCAAUAAGCCAUCUCAAUGGCGUAGUGAAUAUGGGCCACAUGCACGCCGGCUUCACCCCCGACCAGUCCCGUUGCAUCCCACGCACUAUGGAGGGCACCGACGACUGGCACGCCGUCCAGAAUCGCCGUUUACCGUCCCCCAUCAGCGAAGGUGAGGACUCGAGCAGCCGCGCCGCCAGCGGAAGCUUGAGCCCCCCGGGCAUGAUCCUUGACAACGGAUUCCCUUCCAACCUUACCAUGCGCCUCGAGCAGUCAUCCCUUGACGGUCGAUUCCACAGCGACGCCGGCAUGAUGGACAUCGAGGACCACACACACAUGAUGAGCGACGAUUCGGUCACCACUACGGUAGACGCCAUGCCCACCGAGACCACCUCGGCGCCCGCCACCCCUUCGCCCGGCCGCAAGGGUCAUAUCCGCUCCAGGCACACGGUCAAUUCGUGGACCUGGCAGCCCGGCAUGAAGAAGAGCUUAAGCAUCGGCUACCGUGCCGACUGCGAGAAGUGCCGCCUCAAGGUCCCGGGUCACUUCAACCACAUUAUUGUCUCGUAGAGGGAGGUGGGGCGUAUAUCGGACAGACAAUUUGAUAGAGCCGGCAAACCCGGCUCAUAUGACGCUGCGGCAGCAAUUACCCCGCGAGCACUUGCAACAAAGAAAUGACGGGAACGAGAAGCGAGGAUGGUAGAAGAACUCAAAGGUCGACAGGCCAUUAACGCAAUGGCAGUCGGCGCGCGUGAGUCCCUUUGUCUUGGACUGAUCGAGACGCUCUCAAGAGGUUGUUGGUGGUACCUCAAGGCGCGUGUGCUGCGUUUUCAUUUUUCGUUUACGGCGUUUCAAACUUUGGGAUUUGCCAGGGACAAGGAAGUCUCUCGGCCGGCGGUAAUACCAUACUAUUUAGCGCACAUCGUUCCACUCGCUUAGGCCCAAAGGAGGGACGCAUACCAUAUUUGUUCGGUUCAUAGGUUUUCCGGUUAUGGCAUAUUGGCGACUGGGAGAGUCGACUGGCCCGGCGCGGCCCACUGGGGGACUCGGGAGGCACCCGCAUUCUGGAAGCGGUUUCGCGGGUCAACUGUGUAUAAUACCGGUCCAAGAGGACAUAAUCAAGCGGCGACAGCGCCAGCACUGUUCAUGACUGUGAAUGUCCCGAUGCCACCAAACAUAUAUAUCGACGUCGCAAUGGAGACGAUCAGGCAGACUUUGAGAGAUGCAAAGUUGAUGAUGUUCUUUUUUCCCUUCCCAC